CUCUAAGUGACUAAACUUGCAGCCGCAAGAAUCCAUCUAAAUACAAGACAUCAUUACUUAUCCAUCUACCUGCAAGACAUCAUAGCACAGGACUCGGACAAGUUCGGAGACCCAAGACAAAAAGAUGCCCGGAACCGAUGGUAGCCGCGCGGACUGCUCAGGGUAGGGCACCGACUCCACACGUGAUCGCGAUCAUUUCGCCCGACCUCCGCCCCACUUUGCUUCAUCUUUCUAGCCGCGUCGCCGUGGCUUCUAAAUCCACCUUAUCUGGGCAUCCCGAUGCCCGAGUCAAUACCGAGGCCUCACCGAGUGGCCCGGAUGUGCCAGAAGUAUUCUUUGUAUCAUGUCAGAAACCGUCUUCGCACGCAUGCUGAGGGACUCGCGGCUGACGUCAACGCGUCGUAAAUCCUGGAUGAAAAAAUGGAAGGCAGAGCAGAGGGGAACAAGGGCCUGCAUACCAGUACGUGUGUCGCGUCCGAUCAGCACCCCCGUCACCGUGCGUUGUCGCAUCGGCUCGGCCCCCGUCUCUUCGCCCACCGAUGACAAGGCGUGGCUAUCUUCAUCGACUGGCAACUACUACACCCCUAGGCUUGGACUUGACGACAACGCGCAACUGGCCUCCCAUGUCGAUGCCACUGCUGCUACCAACGACCAGCGACCGCGACUAGAAUUCUAUCGUCGUACUCAACGCGCGAACAUGUUCGAUGUACUUUCCGUGCUUCCUGGAUACGCCAAACACUGGCUGGCGUGUAUUCUUCUCUGCACGACGGCCGCCGUGAAGUCAUGCCGCGGAAUCGGAGCUCUGGCUCGCUUCAAGCAGGGAAUGCAGAUCAAGGUUACAUCCAGCCAAAAGAUACACGACCACGACCCCUAGU